AGGCUUUAAAAAAAAUGAAUUCACUUUAUUCUAUGUUUGGUUGUUUCACAGCAGCACGGACCAAAAGAGGAAUUCCUAUAUUUAUAGGUUUUUCAUUAUUUGGGAUCUGAGAAAGCAAAAGGCUCCAGUUAACUGAUAAUUGUAUCGAUGUAGUUUAAUGUCGUGUUUGCUGAUAUAACAUGAAGGGUAGUUAUAUGCUUGUGGGAAUUGAAUAUCUCAAGGCUGUGAGGGUGACUUAUUUCCCCUUUCGAAGAGAAACCAGGUACAAACUUACAACGUAACGAGCAUAUGUAAUUAGUUAGCAAUUUUUCAAUUCCAUUGGUUGUUGGGUUCCAUAAACUCCAAGAAAAUUUCUAGUGUGAAUGGUAAACUGGUGGAACAUAAGAAAACAAGCAUUAAGAACCAAAGAGAGUCAAUUCCUUUUGAACAUAUGUCUUGAAGGGACGUCAUGUUACUAUGGGGGAUGAAUUUAUGUGAAAACAUGAUUCAGGACAGAUUUUGAAGUUGAAGCUCGGGGCUUGGGAAAGCAUGAAUCAUGUUCUCUUCAAAAUUGACCAUAAUCUAUUAUUACAAAAGUCAAAAUUUUCUUAUGAAGGCCUUUAUUGCCUUGUUUUGCUCACUCCUUCUGAAAUAUUCUUACAGACGACAUGGAAAGGACAACUACUUCAGUUGCACAUAUGUUCUUCCUGAUGGUGUCACACACACAAAGGGUUUUGUAAAAGAUCCAGGUGAGGCAAAUGGAUACCUUGCUUUUACAGAUGGAGUCCUACCUCCGCAACCUGAAAGAAAAGAGGACAUGGAUCAGCUAGAAGUUAGAGAAAAGCCCGAGGACAGAAGAAAAAUUGAUUUAACACAAACUGAGUUUACUUUGACAAAUGAGCGCUUCCUUGUCCCAGAGAUGAUCUUUCGUCCUGCUGAUUUGGGAAUGAAUCAGGCUGGACUAGCAGAGUGCAUUGUUAAAGCUGUCAAUUCCUGCCAUCCUCAUCUUCACCCUGUGCUCUAUGAAAGCAUUAUAUUGACUGGUGGAAGCACACUUUUUCCUCGAUUUGCUGAAAGAUUAGAAAGGGAUCUCCGACCUCUUGUACCCGAUAUAUACCAAGUGAAGAUAACUACUCAAGAAGAUCCUAUUUUAGGUGUUUGGCGCGGGGGUUCACUUUUGGCAUCUAGUCCUGAUUUUGAAGCAAUGUGUGUGACUAAGACCGAGUAUGAGGAGCUGGGGUCUGCUCGAUGUCGCAAGCGAUUCUUUCACUAG